AUGAAAGAAAUGAUUCGAGGAGUCGGAAGAAGCAUGAUGGUUACCGCCACUACCUUGAAAGUCGAUGAACUGGACGGAUAUCAAUUUUUCAGAGAAUAUACACGCGUUAGCGACGAAUCUAUGUGGCCUUCAUAUAUUUUUUUGACUUCUGUACUUUUGCUGCUAUACGAUUUGAGGUUAUACCCGAAAACUUUGAGGAAACUUGAUAAAUACAGUCAGAUCACGAUUGAGUUUUUAGUAGCACUAUUUUUGAUGGAGCAUAUUUUAUAUGAUUUUUGGUUUCCAUUGGAAACUGGUACUGAAAUGGCACUGAUAAAACUGGCAGAUAAAAUUGAUGAAUCUAAAAUUGAAAACGUACAACAAUUCGAAACUGUUUCCGAAUCGAUAAAAAGUUCGACGUGUAAAAUUAUAGCUAUUUAUAUUCUCAGUAUAUUUUUCCUAUUGUCUGUUCUACAUGCCAUCAGAGCCGUGGAUUUCAGAGCACUUCAGGACGGCCCUUCUUGUUUUUUCGGCGACAUUUCGUAUAGAUUAAAACGUUUCCUAAGGAAAAAAUUGAAAAUUUUGGGUAUUAAGAAACAACGAAAGGUGAAAAUUCAAGAAUCGAAGGAAAUCUACAAAAGCGACUGUAAUGGAAAACGUAAAGUCGCCGAAAACACCUCAUUGGAUAAUUUUGUAAUUGAAGAUUAUGAUGGAGCAGAUAAUAUAGAUGACGCAUCUCUUCAGUUCAAUGAUUUCGAUAUUCCAAACGAUAAUGAUUUGUUAUGUGAUUGA